UAUCCAACUGACCUCGGAAAUGGCACGGUUUGCAUGCCGCGCGGCCAGUGCUAUUGCGAGGGCUGGUUGAGGAGCAGGGGUACCAGCAUUGAGAAAACAAUUGCAAUUACAUUGCAAUGGGUCGUCUUUGCCUUAUCCGUCGCUUGUCUCGGAUGGUAUGCGUACCAGGCAUGGCGAGCGACGUGCGGGUGGGAGGAGGUUUAUGUGGCAUUGAUUGAGAUGAUGAAGAGUAUUAUCGAGGCCUUUCACGAAUUCGAUUCACCUGCGACUCUGUGGCUAUCUAGCGGAAACGGGGUUGUCUGGAUGCGAUACGGCGAAUGGUUGCUUACAUGCCCGGUGCUCCUGAUCCACUUGUCAAAUUUAACUGGGCUCAAAGAUGAUUACAGCAAGCGGACAAUGGGUUUGCUCGUCUCCGAUGUCGGAUGCAUCGUAUGGGGUGCCACAUCCGCCAUGUGUACGGGAUGGACCAAGAUCCUGUUCUUCCUUAUCUCACUUUCUUACGGCAUGUACACGUACUUCCACGCCGCCAAGGUUUACAUCGAGGCAUUUCACACGGUGCCCAAGGGCAUCUGCCGUGAGCUGGUGCGGGUCAUGGCAUGGACCUUUUUCGUCGCGUGGGGCAUGUUCCCCGUGCUCUUCUUACUGGGAACUGAGGGAUUCGGCCACAUUUCACCUUAUGGUUCGGCCAUCGGCCAUUCCAUAUUAGACUUGAUCGCAAAGAACAUGUGGGGUGUUCUCGGCAACUACCUGCGUGUCAAGAUCCACGAGCACAUCCUGUUGUACGGCGAUAUACGGAAGAAGCAGAAGAUCACCAUCGCAGGCCAGGAGAUGGAGGUGGAGACUCUUGUGGCCGAAGAGGAGGACGACACGGUCAAACAGUCGACUGCCAAGUAUGCAUCUCGUGACUCGUUCAUCACCAUGCGCAAUCGUAUGCGGGAGAAGGGCUUGGAGGUGCGGGCCUCACUGGAUGCCGGUGGUGGCGACAGCGGUAUGGAGGCCGGCGGUGGCGGCGCCGCACACGCCCAACCACACAUGGCAAAGCCCGGCACGGAACUGGGCAAGACGAUGUCCGCCAGCUUUACAAACGGAGCCGCCACAAGCUUGGAGCCGGGCCGGGUUAUCCUGGCCGUUCCGGACAUUUCCAUGGUCGACUUUUUCAGAGAACAGUUCGCGCAGCUGCCCGUGCCGUACGAAGUCGUACCCGCCCUUGGCGCCGAGAAUACCGUACAGCUGGUACAGCAGGCUGCGAUGUUGGGCGGCUGCGACUUUGUGCUGAUGCACCCGGAGUUCUUGCGUGACCGCGGACCCACGGGUCUGCUGCCACAGGUCAAAAUGAUGGGUCAGCGUACGGCAGCGUUCGGAUGGUCUCAGAUGGGCCCCAUGCGCGACCUCAUUGAGAGCUCUGGUGUUGGCGCCUGGCUUGAGGGGCCCAGCUUCGGCUCCGGAAUCAGCCAGGCUGCUCUCCAGCAGCUGGUGGUGAAGAUGCAACAGGCCAAGCGCAUGGCGGCCAUGGGUGGCGGCAUGGGCAACGGCAUGGGCAUGGGCAUGGGUAUGGGCAUGGGCAUGGGUAUGGGCAACGGCAUGGGCAACGGUAUGGGUAUGGGCAACGGCAUGGGCAACGGUAUGGGUAUGGGCAACGGGAUGGGUAUGGGCAACGGUAUGGGUAUGGGCAACGGUAUGGGUAUGGGCAACGGUAUGGGUAACGGCAUGGGCAACGGGAUGGGCAUGAGCUCUCCGCAGCUGCAACUGCAGCAGUCGUCGUCAAUGCCCCUGGGUGGACUGGCCCCGAACCGUAUCGGCAACAAUCCCUUGUUCGGCGCCGCACCGUCACCUCUUCACUCACAGCCCGGUGCCAGCCCCACAGGAUUGUCCUCACCGCAAUUAGGCAUGGGUGCGAUGCUGCCCGCUGGUACCAGCGUCGGUGCCGGUGGCGGUUCAGUGGGACCGACGGAAACAGAUAUGCUGCAACAGCUGAUGACCGAGAUCAAUCGCCUCAAGGACGAGCUGGGCGAGUAA